UGGUGCUGCGAUGUAUCACUCCGCAGGGUCAGAGAGUCUGUUAUCAAAACAAUAUUUCUGGGAAUUCGUAUCAUAAAACAGACACAGAUUUUUGAAAAUGUCAUAUAAUUUUUUGUGGUGUAUUUUAAAUUUGUUUUAGGAGCUUCGUUCCCAUAGACGACGGGCUAUUUGAUUUUUAAUUGGGGACUAUUUGUCAGAGGGUUGUUGACAGGCAGUGCUUAGGUCUCGCUCAAACAUGGCCACCAUGAUGGAGUGAAUGCAAUAACUUUAAAUUCACAAUUUUAAGGGGAAAACUCUCUUUUCUUGAUUUAAGAGGAACAUUUGUAGCUAAAAUCGACGGAAGUAAUAUUUUUCCAUCCAAUCGAAUGCUGAAGAAAAGUUGCAAGGAGGGUUUAUUAUUGGUGCAAGUUGGCUGCGAGCUCUAAAGAAAAAAAGAAUUGCAUUCAUGUCGUAAGGGGUUUCUUAUUUUCCUUGGUUAUUUCCACCAUUAUUUUUGUUUCGAAACUGCCAAAGGAUAUGGAUACAUUUCAAUAUUUUUUUCGGUGAAAACUAACAGGAGAUACUUUUGGAAUACAACAGAUCGGCUUUUUCAUCUUUUUUGUUUGACAGUCUACUGUUGGAAAGGGUAAACACGCUGGUUAAAGGGAACACAUUGGGUUCUACAUUUUGACCCCGUUUCACUUUUUUCAUUAACUUAGAAGAUAGCAUUUUUGGAAUAUGUGAUGUGGUUUUUUCGGGCGCACAUACUGCAUCGGUAGUUUCUGUUUUAUUGCUACAGCUGGAGAGUGAAAAUCUCCCCCCCACCCCCCUCCAAAAAAAAAAAAAAAAAAUACAAAAUAAAAGUAUUCCAUUUCGCAGAUGACAAUAAAGGUGAUGAAGGCAAUAAUUCCACACUUCUAGGGUGAAAGAGAAUGUCAUCAGAGGACAAGACUCUGGAGCCCUCUGACCAAGGACCUUCACCUGCUCCAGCCAGCAGCACUGCGGCCACCCCUGCAGGCAGCCCGGCCAUUACAGACAAGAGACCCAGGGGCAGGCCUCGCAAAGAUGGAGUCGCUCCCAUAUACAAAUCCAAGAAGAAAUCUCGCAGUCGAGGCAAGGCAUCUGUUGAUGAUGAAGACAGCAUGGAUGGUGUUGAGACUGCAGAAACAGAAAGUGCUGUGGAGACAGAAACGAAAGAACAGCCACUGGAGAACGAAGGCAUCCCAGCAGCAGAAGAAAAGCCGUGGUCCCCAGUUCUCAGUCGCUCUGUAUCUGAGGAGUCUGCAGGAGCUCCUGCAGGAGCUGCUACACAAACCAAAAGCAGUGAACAGCUCUGUGCCUUCUGCAAUUGUGGAGAACGGAGCUUGCUGGGCCAAGGGGAAUUGAAGCAGUUCAGUCCCAGCCCUGGGUACACCAUGCCCAGGAGAAGCCAGUGCCGAACUAAGAGGGACAGCACUGGCAGCAACGAGGGAGAGGGAAACAGCAGGCCGAAACUAAACUCAACCGCACGCCGGCAAAGAGGGCAGAAAAAAGACUCUUCUCCCCGCAGCGCCAUAGUGUCUGUGGUGACGGCGAACACUCCGUACCCCUGUGAUGAACCAGCCAGCAAAUUUUGGGAUGAACUCAGUCAGGUCGGGCUUCCUGAGGAAACUGACCUCCAGUCUCUAUCUGAUCCCUCUGGGCAUUGCUGGGCCCAUCAGUGCUGUGCGGCCUGGUCGGAGGGAGUGUGCCGGGAGCAGGAGCAAGUGCUGGUCAACGUGGACAAAGCCGUCGACUCAGGGAGCACAACGCACUGUGCAUACUGUAAGCGCCUUGGAGCAACCAUCAAAUGCUGUGAAGAGAAGUGCAGCCGCUUGUACCAUUAUCCCUGUGCAGCGGCAGCUGGCACUUUUCAGGAUAUCAGGAGUCACACUCUCCUUUGCCCAGAACACAUCGAGCAGGCUACAGGUAGAUUAAAGGAUGACGCGAACUGUGCAUUGUGUGACAGUCCAGGAGACCUCCUGGACCAGCUGUUUUGUACCAGUUGUGGGCAGCAUUACCAUGGGAUGUGCCUGGAUAUAGGGGUGACCCCUUUGAAGAGGGCAGGCUGGCAGUGCCCCGACUGCAAAGUCUGCCAAACCUGCAAGAACCCUGGGGAGGACAGUAAGAUGUUGGUAUGUGACACAUGUGACAAGGGUUAUCACACGUUUUGCCUACAACCUGUAAUGGACUCCAUACCUACAAAUAGCUGGAGAUGCAAAAAUUGCAGAGUAUGUGAGCAGUGUGGCACCAGAACAAGUUCUCAGUGGCACCACAAUUGUUUAUUGUGUGAUAACUGCUACCAGCAGCAGGACGCGGGCUUGUCCUGUCCACUUUGUGGAAAGGCGUUCCACCCAGAUUCCCAGAAGGACAUGCUUUGCUGUCAGAUGUGCAAAAGGUGGAUACAUCUAGACUGCGACAGACAAGCAGAGAACGAAACCAGUGUCUUGCAAAAAGACGGAUAUGUCUGCACAAUCUGCCAGCAAGUGGAAGUGGAGGAACUGCAAGCAAGCCAGACAUGUGAGGUCCUCGAGACCGCUGAGCCAAUUGAAGAACCUGAACCAGCAUGCUUGGAAAGGGAACGGGAAGCAGUUGAAGAACCAGGGAGUCUGGAACAUGCUGCUGAAGAGAAUCAGCUCAACGAGGAACAGAAACCUGUAGAGACUGCUGCUGAACCUGCACAAGAAGUAACAACAAUGGCCCCCAAGGUUUCUGAGCCCCCGCCUCCACCCCCCCUGGUCCCUGAAACAGAACCUCAACCACCUGUGCAGAUUUCAGAAACUGAGAAGGCUGCCAAACAAGAAGCACUGGAGGAGGUAGAAACAGCAGCAGCAGCGCCCACAGAGGCCCAGCUGGAAAGAGAACUACAGCCACAGAAUUCCGAAGUGCCGGCUGAGGUUGUCCCACCAGCACCCGAGGAAGCAGGUACUGAAACUGAAGCUGGCGAGGUGGAACCCAUGGAAGUGUCGACUCCAGAACCCACUCAAACACAAGAGCGUCAGGAGACUGUGGUGCAGGAGAAGAAACCUUUGGAAACACCUGCCUUGGCACAAGAACGCCUUGUGCUUGAACUGAUUGAAAACCACGAGGUUGCUCAGGUUUCUGACAGCAGUCUUCUAGUGGAAAUGGACUCCACCCCUGCUAGCGAACCAAGCUUCUCAGACAUGAAUUCAUCUUCAGAGGAUCCGACUGCCCUGACACAACAGUCCCCUGAAAGGUCUUUCUCUGUUUCAAUGGACACCAGCAAGCUGGCAGAACCCCCUGUUUCUGUAGGAACUCCCCCAAAAGAUGUGCCCCAAGUUCAGGCAGCACCAGCGUCCAGUGGCGGGGUACCCUCAACAACUUUCAUACCCGUCGCACCGAAAAUUGGCAUGGGGAAGCCAGCCAUCACCAAAAGGACGUUUUCUCCAGGAAGGCCUCGAGUGAGACAGGGAGCUUGGAGCACCCGUAACAUGUCCAGCUCUCCUUCGUGGUCCCCAGACCGUUCAGAAGGGUGGGACCCCUCAAAGACAAGGCAGCUGUCCAGCACCCCCAUUUGGACCGUCAAAGUGGAAGGACAACUACAUGACGAGAUAGCUCAUCACAUGCAAAACAGAAGGAGCAGCUACAUGACGAGAUAUCUUGUCACUUGCAGCGAAAAGCAGGGCCGUGGAUCUGGGUUUCCUGGGAGGAGGAGGCCUCGUGGGGCUGGUGUCUCUGGGCGUGGGGGUAGAGGCCGGUCGAAGCUGAAGAACGCAGUAGGAACAGUCAUCACCCCCGGGGUGAUGGUUGCUGACACCACUUCAGUGAAAGAUGAGGAAGAGAACUCGAUGCACAACACGGUGGUUCUGUUCUCAAGCAGCGACAGAUUCACUAUGAAACAGGAUAUGUGUGUGGUGUGUGGAAGUUUUGGACGAGGUCCAGAGGGAAGGUUGCUUGCUUGUGCCCAGUGUGGCCAGUGUUACCAUCCCUACUGUGUCAGUGUUAAGAUCACCAAGGUGGUUCUCAGUAAAGGCUGGCGCUGCUUGGAGUGCACAGUGUGUGAAGCUUGUGGGAAAGCCACAGACCCAGGACGGCUGCUCUUGUGUGAUGAUUGUGACAUCAGCUACCACACCUACUGCCUGGACCCCCCCCUGCAGACCGUCCCCAAAGGAGGCUGGAAGUGCAAAUGGUGUGUCUCCUGUACGCACUGUGGGGCCACGUCCCCAGGGCUGCGGUGUGAGUGGCAGAAUAAUUACACGCAGUGCGCUCCCUGCGGCAGCCUGGCUACCUGUCCAGUCUGCUCCCAGAACUACAAGGAGGACGAGCUCAUUGUGCAGUGCCGGCAGUGUGACAGGUGGAUUCAUGCCUCCUGUCAGAACUUGAACUCAGAAGAGGAAUUGGAAAACGCAGCAGACAACAGCUUUGACUGUGCCAUGUGCAGGAUAUAUAUGACACCGUCCCAUGGAUCAGUCCCAGAGGACCCUGAAUCACCAGGACUAGCGCACAUUGUUACAAAAGUAAAGGAACAAGACCCACCCAAGACAUACACCCAGGAUGGUGUCUGUUUGACAGAGGUGGGUUUGUCACAGCUACAGAGUCUGACCGUGGCAGCAUCACGACGGAAACGACCCAAACCCAAACUGAAACUGAAGAUAAUCAACCAAAACAGCGUGGCUGUGUUACAGACGCCACCAGACCCACAGUCUGAGCUCUCCAGAGAUGGAGACCUGGACGACAGCCGGGAAGGAGACCUUUUAGACUGUGAUGGAAAAUCUGACUCCAGUCCGGAACGCGAGGCUGCAGAUGACGACUCUAAGGGAGCAGAGGGGGCUGAUGGAAUCAAGAAGAGAAAGAGGAAACCGUACAGACCUGGUAUUGGUGGGUUUAUGGUACGCCAGAGGAGUCGGACUGGCCAGGGCAAGGCAAAGCGCUCCCUCUGUAGGAAGGAUUCCUCGGGUUCUGUGUCUGAAUGUCUCCUGGGCAAAGAGGAAAGCUGGAAUGAGCCUUUACCUGACACACCAGCGGAAGAGACUGCCCCUGGCUCCGAAUGCUUAGAGAAAGCAAAGAAGCGCUACAGGAAAAAGAAGAAUAAACUUGAAGAGGUGUUUCCAGCAUAUUUACAGGAGGCUUUUUUUGGGAGAAACCUGCUGGACACAAGUAGACAGAGCAGGCUGAGCUUGGACGCCCUGUCUGAUGAGGACCUGGCUCGUAUUGACGGGAGGAUCCCCAGUGUGAAUACAAACUUCCUGGAUCCAUCCUCCGAUCCGCUGCUGAGUUCUACCAGUACACCAAUUUCAGCCAAACCAGCAGCCCUGUGUAAACAGCCCAGCAGCAGGUCAAUCUUUUUCUCCCGUUUCUCAUUGAAUUGUCCUUCCAUUCCAGCCAGAGCUAACCCUGAGGAUCCAUUAGCUGCCCUCUCUGAAGUCCUCAACACAGAUGAUGAUAUACUGGGGAUCCUUUCUGAUGAGCUAGUGAAGCCUGGGGAGAAUUCAGGUCUUGAUUUAUACACUUACCAGGUUGACAACUUGCCCUCUCCGUUUGCUGGUCUGGAUGUAGGUCCCGUAUCAGAUGAUUCAUCCUUGGCCCCACUGGCAAGUACCGGCCGCAGCGCACGGCCACCGCCCGAGGAGCCGCUCGGCAGGGUUCUCAGUCCAGAGCUGGACACAAUGGUCACGGAUGGUGCGAUUCUAAGCAAACUGUACAAAAUUCCAGAGCUUGAAGGGAAGGAUGUGGAGGAGCUGUUCACCGCAGUCCUGAGCCCGAGUGCUAACCAGACUCCCCAGCACUCACACAUACCACUGCAAAACCAGGGAGACGGUCUGUUCCCAAGAAUGCCUAUAAUGAACGGCCUUAUGGGGCCAAACCCCCAUUUUCCAUCUCCACAAAUUCCCCCUGGAGCAGGGCCCUGCAUACCCAGCACUUUCUCUCCCAUCCAUCGGCCUCCUUUCUCAGACUCCUGCAGGGACAAAAAGCCUCAAUUUAAUGAACUGGUGAGCGAAGCAGCUGGCUCUUGGGCAGCCCCAGCUGCUGUGCUGGAGGCGGAGGCAGACACCAUGUCCAACGCCCAGAGGAGCACUCUCAAGUGGGAGAAGGAGGAGACCCUGGGUGAGAUGGCAACAGUGGCCCCUGUGCUGUACACCAACAUGAACUUCCCCAGUCUCAAGGAGGAGUUUCCUGAGUGGUCCACAAGGGUUAAGCAAAUUGCAAAACUAUGGAGAAAAGCCAGUUCCCAAGAAAGAGCACCAUAUGUGCAAAAAGCCAGAGAUAAUCGGGCUGCACUGCGCAUAAAUAAGGUCCAAAUGUCCAAUGAUACCAUUAAAAGACAGCAGCACCAUCAAGAAAUUAUUGAUCCCAACAUCCCUAUAGAGUCAGAUCUCCUGUUUAAAGAUCCGCUGAAGCCUAAGGAAUCGGAACAUGAGCAGGAAUGGAAAUUCAGACAGCAGCUGAGGCAAAAAAAUAAGCAGCAAGCCAAGAUCGAAGCAACGCAGAAACUGGAGCAAGUUAAAAGUGAGCAGCAACAGCAACUGCAGCAGCAGCAGUCCAGUGGUCAAUCGGGCAGCGAUUCUCCCAACAGUGGGAAUCAGAGUCCACUGACACCCCAACCAAGCAAUGGGAACAUGUCCCCAGCACAAGAGACAAUGCCUAAAGAUGGAUUUGCGAUACCGCAGCCUCCUGGCACUCCUACAGCAUCGUCCCCUAAUGAUGUCUUUCUUAGACCCCAAGCCCCACCUCCUACACCUACACGGAUGCCAGUGCAAGACCCCUUUUCCCAGGCUCAGCCAGCACAACCACAGUCCCCACAGAUGUUUUCUCCUGGGUCCUCGAACUCAAGGCCAUCAUCCCCAUGGGAUCCAUACGCCAAAAUGGUUGGAACACCUAGGCCACCUGCAAUGGGGCCAAAUCCCCCUAGGAGGAAGUCCAUCGACCCCUGCACUCCUCCAUCAGCCGGAACCAGACUGGGAGCUGAGCCGCAGGAAAGGAACAGGCCUUCUCCUGCCCACGAGUCAUUUGGAUCUCCGUCAUCUAUCAAUAACGAUCCCUACACAAAGCCUCCAGACACCCCCAGGCCAGUCCUAUCUGCAGAUCUAUUUGCAAAGCCCAUGGGGCCACCAAGGACAGUUGGUAGUGCAGAGCAAUCUGGGAAACUUCCACUUGGAUCCACAGCCGGUGGUGAUACAUUUGCUAGGCCAGGUCUUCGAGCUGAAGUUUACCAAAGGAUGCAGAUGUCCCAUAGCAGAAUGAUCCUGUCAGAUCCUUACACCAGGCCGCUGCUGACUCCCAUUCCCGGAAGUAACGAGUCUGGUUCAGUCUCCUUAUUUAAAGCCCCAAUGCCUCCCUCGCAGUCACUGCAAGACCACUACCCUGCUAUGUCUUCAACUCUCCGGCGCAUGUCAGCGGAUCCAUACCAACGUCCUGUGCUUACACCAAGACCAGCAGAUGGAUUUUCCCAAAACCAGAUGAAUGACCCCUUUGCACAACCCCCACUAACUCCUCAUCCCGUGAUGAACGACACCUUUUCACACCCUCCCAGGAUGAGCCGCCAGUCCCAGAGGGACCCCUUUUCACAGCCUGGACCUAUAGCAAGACCACCAUCUCAGGAUCUAUACGCUCAGGCACCUUUAACUCCUGGGCCUGCUUCUUUGCAGUCUGCAGAUCCCUAUUCCCAACCUCCUUCUACCCCCAGACCUGGGAUGGGAGAGAGGUUUGCACAGUCUCCAGUCCAUCAGAGGAAUUCUGAUCUGUAUGCACAGCCACCAGGCACCCAGAGACCAGUAAUGAACGACCCCUAUUCCCAGCCACCGGGAACCCCGAGACCAGUAAUGAACGACCCCUAUUCCCAGCCACCGGGAACCCCGAGACCAGUAAUGAACGACCCCUAUUCUCAGCCACCGGGAACCCCGAGACCAGUAAUGAACGACCCCUAUUCCCAGCCACCGGGAACCCCGAGACCAGUAAUGAACGACCCCUAUUCCCAGCCACCGGGAACCCCGAGACCAGUAAUGAACGACCCCUAUUCCCAGCCACCGGGAACCCCGAGACCAGUAAUGAACGACCCCUAUUCUCAGCCACCGGGAACCCCGAGACCAGUAAUGAACGACCCCUAUUCUCAGCCACCGGGAACCCCGAGACCAGUAAUGAACGACCCCUAUUCUCAGCCACCGGGAACCCCGAGACCAGUAAUGAACGACCCCUAUUCCCAGCCACCGGGAACCCCGAGACCAGUAAUGAACGACCCCUAUUCCCAGCCACCGGGAACCCCGAGACCAGUAAUGAACGACCCCUAUGCCCAGCCACCGGGAACCCCGAGACCAGUAAUGAACGACCCCUAUGCCCAGCCACCGGGAACCCCGAGACCAGUAAUGAACGACCCCUAUUCCCAGCCACCGGGAACCCCGAGACCAGUAAUGAACGACCCCUAUUCCCAGCCACCGGGAACCCCGAGACCAGUAAUGAAUGACCCCUAUUCCCAGCCACCGGGAACCCCGAGACCAGUAAUGAAUGACCCCUAUUCCCAGCCACCCGGAACCCCGAGACCAGUAAUGAACGACCCCUAUUCCCAGCCACCGGGAACCCCGAGACCAGUAAUGAACGACCACUAUUCCCGGCCACCAGGCACACCAAGGCCCGGGGCCUCAGAAACCUUUAACAGACCAGUGGUCACAAGGCCUGGGUUGAUGCCAAAUCAAGAUCCUUUCUCGCCAGCACCCCAGAACAGAGCUGCAGGCAUGCAGGAGACAUUUGUGCGCCCAUCAGACCCAUGCUCUCAAACUUCAAAAUUGUCUGGAAUGACCGAAGAACCCUUCGCUCAGCCUAAUCAACUGAACCAAACAUCUAUUCAUGAUUUGUAUGAGCAGCCUCCAGUGACCCCACGGUCGCAGUCUGCUGGUGUGUUUGAUGAUGGACAUCUGGCUCGCGAUAUUACAGAGCAGCACGGAACAGGAAAGGAGGGGAACUUUGGAGUUUCUUCAACCCUAAAUAUGCCAGGUUCAGUGGCAGCAGGAGUGACCAGUGAAGCACAGAACAAUAUACAUGUAUCACAAGGAGACACCGAAGAGAAGCUGAGACAGCGGCUCAGGUUACGGGAAAUAAUUCUGAGACAGCAGCAGCAAAAGAUUGCUGUCCGUCAAGAGAAAGGCCUGCAGGACCCUGCACUGUCUGCAGCACCAGGAACUCCUCGACACUGGUCACAGGAAGACCCAAACCGUCCCAACGAGCUGUUCAACAGACCCCCUCCUCCUUACCCUGGGACACUGAGGGGGCCGCUGAUUCCACCAGGAGCCCAGAGGUUUCCAGGACCUUUCUCCAAUGAUCCCCGAGGAUCCUUUCCCAGGGAUAGAGUGUUUAAUAGACCCCCGUGUACAGGAGAUGUUACCGGAAUGGGCAUGAGACCAAGGUUUGGAUUCCCACCCAGUGGACAGGGUCCUAUUCCUAGUCAAGAACGAUUUCUCAGCCCCCCACAUCAAAUGCAAGGCUCAAUGUCGGGCUUUCCACAGCAGCUGAGGAGAUCUUUAUCUGUGGACCUCCCACGACCUAUGGGCAAUUCACAAAUGAAUAAUCCAAUUGGACUCCAUCCGCAUUUUCCUCCUAGGGGCAUGCAGAUGCAACAACACAAUAUCAUGGGGCAGCCCUUCAUAGAACUACGGCACAGGGCUCCUGAAAGCAGACUGAGACUUCAAUUUGGACCUUCUAUCAUGGCACAAGAAAAUGUUAUGGAUCCAUCUUCCCAGAGAACUGGAGGGUUUAUGACUGGACAGGAGAUGGGGUUUUCUGGAAAUCAGGGCUCAAGACUGAUGGAACCAAUGAUGAAUCAGCAUCCAGGAAUGAUCAGCCAUAUGCAGAUGUCUACCAGCUUUGAACAUAUUCCCCUGAACCAGAUGCAAAUGCAUACUGGUCAUCCACACGCCCCGCUAAUGCGUUCUUUGAGUCAUCCGGUAACCAGCGAGACAUUCAGUGUUGCUCCUUUAGAUUAUUUUCCUUCAACAUCUGCGGAAUCCACUGAGGAGCUUCCACUUGCUAGCCAAGACGUAAUUGCAGAGAAACUUGACCCUGAUGACUCUGCUGUCAAAGAUCUGGAUGAUGUGGAGGUUAAAGACUUGGAUGACGAAGAUCUUGAAAACCUCAAUCUAGACCCAGAGGAUGGAAAAGGAGAUGAUUUGGAUCUGGAAACCAAUGACCUUCAUCUUGAUGACUUCUUACGGUCAGGAAAGUUUGAUAUUAUUGCAUAUACGGAUCCUGAACUUGAUUUGGUAGACAAGAAGGAUAUGUUUAAUGAAGAACUUGAUCUUAGUGACCCAAUAGAGGACCACCCAGAGGCUGUAGAGGAACAGAAAACAGAAAGUAAAGACGAAAAUACAAAUUCUGCUGAUGUCUCCCCAAAGAAGGAAGCUGCUUCAGGAAUGAAAUUAAAAUUGGAGAAAACACCAGAAAGGUUGCAAGAUGUAAAACAGGAGAGCAGCAAUUCUAAUGAGAACACUGAUCCUUCUUCCUCAGAGCAUACCAUAAAAACUGAAGCACAUGCACAUGCCCAUCCACCAACUGACAAGGAUCAAUCUGAAGAGAGGAAUACUGGAAGCCAAGAAAAUACUGGAGGCAGCCCAAGCCUGUCAGAAGCAUCUGCCCCGUCAAGUACUGGCACCCUGGCUGGUUCAACUCCGGCGCUCCCCAGCUUGCUAAUUAAAGAUAAAGUUGAUAACGCUGAGCUUGGUCCUUUAGGUCCUCCAACUCAAAGCAUGUCACCUGCCCAUCAGAACCAUGUGACAGGCAUGCCCCAAAAUCCCAAUGUCUUGAUGACACCCGGGCAAAUGCAAGAACGUAUUGCAAACCCCAACCUAUCAAUGGAUGAAAUAAUGGACCACACAUUCUCCCAGGGAGCACCGCCACCAGUCAAUCCAAACUUCAUUCAGGGCCAGGAUUUUAAUGCUGAGCAACAGAUAGGCCCACAUAUCCCCAUGGUGAAUCAGUCAGAACCCAAUGGCAUGUCGGCCACAGAACAAGCAUUGAUUUCUCAGGCCUUGAGUCAGCAGAACAGAGAGAGGCCAUUGCUCCUCGAUGAGCAGCCUCUUCUUUUGCAAGAUCUGCUAGAUCAGGAGAGACAGGAACAGCAGCAACAGAGACAAAUGCAAGCCAUGGUACACCAGCGAUCCAGCGAUUCAUUCUUCCCAAACAUUGACUUUGAUGCCAUUACGGAUCCAAUAAUGAAAGCAAAGAUGGUAGCUCUGAAAGGAAUCAACAAAGUCAUGGUUCAGAACAGUAUGGGGAUGCCUUCAAUGGUCAUGAACAGGUUUCAGUUUGUGGGUCAACAAAUGCCUGAACCAGAAGUGGGUGAAGGGGUGACUGUUCCUCAGCAAGCCAUUGGACCGGAUGGCAAGUUAGCACCACAGAUGGCAAGGCCUAAUCCUCCCAGUUUUGGUCCUGGGUUUGUUAAUGAUGCCCAGAAGAAGCAGUAUGAGGAGUGGCUCCAAGACACACAGCAGCUUCUCCAGAUGCAGCAGAAGUUUCUGGAAGAACAAAUCGGAGUGCACAGGAAGUCAAAAAAGGCACUCUCAGCCAAGCAGCGCACUGCCAAAAAAGCAGGACGAGAAUUCCCUGAAGAUGAUGCAGAGCAACUCAAGCAUGUUACUGAGCAGCAGAGUGUGGUCCAGAAACAACUCGAGCAGAUCCGGAAGCAGCAGAAAGAGCACGCUGAACUGAUUGAAGAGUAUCGGAUUAAACAGCAGCAGCAAGGCACAGGGGCGCCUGCACUUAUCCAAGGGGUGCAGUCCCAAGCACCAAUGGUACCCGGAGGUCCUCCACCAGUCAUGACCCAGCAGAACUUCCCCAUAUUGCCUCAGCAGAUGGAGCAACAUCUUGGUCCUAUUCCAGGGCAGCCCACCCCCCCUCGAAUGCCUGGCGUACCAGGUUGGCACCCUGGGGCUCCCGUCCCAAUGGCUGGGCUGAGGAUGCAGUCUCAAUUGCCCCCCCAUAUACCUGUGAAUCCUGCCCCAGCUGCACAGACUCUUCUGCCAGGGGAGAAUGCACCCCAGGCAGUAGCAGCAGCAGAGGCAUCCACUGCAGGGAAUGGCGCCCAUGUGAAAUUUGAUGACAAUAACCCAUUCAGCGAGGGUUUCCAAGAGAGGGAGCGGAAAGAGCGUUUGAGAGAGCUGCAGGAGAGGCAAAGGAUCCAGCUCAUGCAGGAGGUAGAGAGGCAGAGGGCUCUACAGCAGAGACUGGAGUUGGAGCAGCAGCAGCAGCAACAGCAAGGCAUUGUGGGCCCGGACAUGAGCAGAGCCUCCCUUUCCCAAAUGCCAUACUUCAACUCGGAACUGCCUCAUGACUUCAUGCAGAGGCUGCAGCAGCAGCAGCUGCCUACUCAACAGCAAAUGGGUAAAAUGUUUCCCCAGCAGCAGAGCAUGCAGCAAGGCUUUAUAAGCCCAUCUCCUGGCACCCCGUUCGCGCAGGGCAAUGAGCGAAGACACAUCAUGGGUAAUGGACCAUUUGGCCCCCCUGACAUGCCUGUUGGUGGGCCCAAUUUCCAGCCUUUGAACCAGGUAAUUCAAGGAGCUAACUUUGUCCAGGGUCAGCCCAGGCCUCCAGCCUUCAUGCCCGCCAUGUCCCAUGGCACAGGCGAAGGACCUCCCUUUGGUAUGGAACCGGUAACGCCCCUUCCUCCCAGUUACCCAGGCUCAGGCCAGUCUCUCAUUCAGCUGUACUCUAAUAUAAUCCCUGAGGAGAAAGGGAAAAAGAAAAGGAACAGGAAGAAGAAGAAGGAGGACGAUGCAGACUCUGUGAAGGUUCCCUCCACGCCCCAUUCAGACCUCGCCACCCCUCUGACUCCAAGUGUCUCGGACACGGCUUCCACACCCACGAGGGUUAUGGCCUCUGAUUCCUUGACCUACAACAAAGGUGAGCCGGAGACACCUGAGUUUUUAGCAGGAUCCUCCACUCCCAGGUCUGGUGUAAGCCAGCCGCCCACUGAGCUGGAGCGGCAGCUGUCAGCAAGCAGCAGCAACGGCAACACCACACACCAGCAGGCUCUGGGCCAGCAGUCCAGUAUCGGCUCAGAAACAGACCAACAGGAGGCGCCAGCCAAGCUGCUGCACGAAAUCAAGCUGGAACAGAUGGAAGCCACAGAGUGCCGUGUCCCGAGGGAGUCGAAGGUGGAGGUGUCGGAGAUUGUAAAGCUGGAAGGUAAGGAGGGGACUCCACCAUACCCUGCUGACCACAGCCCUGCCCACGGUGCGAGUGGAACUGGGGGAAAACUGGAGUCGGGAAAUGAGCUGCUGAAACACCUGCUGAAGAGCAAAAACACACCCUCCCUGCUUCCCCAACAGCGGUCAGAAGAGGAGGAGGAGGGAGCACAGAGCACAUUGCUACAGAAGCAAAACUACACUGAAGGGGCUGUGCCAACUGCGGACAACAAAAUGCAAGGAAACCUCAGCCAGGAAGUGCCUCGGCUGCAGCGCACAGACCAGGAGCAGGACAAGAAGAAACAGCGGAACAAACGAGCACCGAAGAGCGGGGAGAAGCCAGCGCCUCGCCCCAAAAAGAGAAAGAAGGAUGAGGAUGACAGACAUGUGCUUUACCCCAACACCGACUCCUUGAUGAGUCAGCUUAAACAGCAACUUUCUCUCCUGCCUCUAAUGGAGCCUCUGGUUGGAGUGAACUUUGCUCACUUCCCUCCCUAUGGCAGCGGGCGGCUCAAUGGGGAGAACCGGCUCACAGGCACCUUCGGGAGUGCCUCGCUGGAUGGGGUCUCAGACUACUACUCCCAGCUCAUUUACAAGCAGAACAACUUGAGUAACCCUCCAACCCCGCCAGCCUCUCUCCCACCUACUCCGCCUCCAGUAGCCCGUCAGAAAAUGGUUAAUGGUUUUGCUACCGCUGAAGAACUUGCAAGCAAAGCUGGUGUGAUGAGAGGACCUGAUGUCACUAAAGGCCUUGGACCCAGACAAUUCCAUAUGCCAUUCAGACCCGAGGAAGACUUGCUGGCUAGAGCAAUGGCACACGGCCCUAAAACAGUAGACGUGCCUGCCUCCCUGCCCACACCCCCUCACAACAACCAGGAGGAGCUCAGAGGGCAGGAUCACUGUGAUGAACGGGACUCCCCAGACAGCUUCGUCCCCUCCUCCUCCCCGGAGAGUGUGCUGGGAAUGGAGGUGCGCCACUAUCCUGACCUGUCUGUGGUGAAGCAGGAACCCCCGGACCCUGCCCCCUCCCCAGUCAUCCCCAUCCUGCCAAGCUGCAGUGGGAAAGGAUCUGAAUUCAGGCGCUGUGAUGUGAAAAUGGAGCCUUCUGGUGUGUUUUUUGGGCCUGAGUUUGGGCAGCCUGCAAACUGUUCACAAGCUGGUCUUGUAUCCAUAGCGAUUACACUGAACCCAGCCGCUGCAGGGAACAUCAACGGGGUUGUAGCAGCUGUGGCCGAUCUCCUGCGUGUGAAACUCCCCAACAGCUAUGAGGCUAACGCUGCUCCGGACAGGCCGCCCGCGGCCCUGCUCAACAGCAUGAAGAUGCAGCACCACCAUCGGUUUGAGCACAGGCCUCCGCCGCUCUUCUCUGGGGCAGGCUCUGGGCAGCCAGCGAUCAUGAGGUUCAUGAGGCCUUCUGGACCUUCAGGAAUGUUCCAGCCUCAGGUUCGCUUCACGCCGAUCAACAGCGGUUCCAUUGUGGGUAAAAGAGACGAGCAGUUUGUGAAAGGAAACCCUGGAUCAAAACCACAGUGGUGUUGUCACUGCAAGGUUGUUGUUCUUGGAAAUGGAGUUUGUAAAUCUGCCAAAGAUCUGCCUUUCAAUAAACAGGACUUGCACGAGGACCCGGGGAGAUCAGAGGUGAACAUGGUCUUCUGCAGCCACAACUGCUUUGUUCUGUAUUCCACAGGCAUGCAGGCCAAAGCCACAGAUACGCAGGAAGCAACCUCUGCUCAGCUGGAUUCCACGCCCUCAAAAACUUUUCACCAGUACAGCAACAAUACCUCCACAUUGGACGUCCAUUGUCUGCCACAGUUACAGCCGAAGGAAUCCCCAGCACCAACUCCUCCCAUCACAUUUCCCCAGGCUUCCUCGGAGAUGAUGAAGCUGGAGUCCAAGCCAGACGAGCUGAAGGUCACAGUGAAGUUGAAGUCGCGGCCGAGAGCUGUGCAGGCGAGUGUGGACGAGUCCCGGCCAUUGAGCAAAAGGUGGAAGGGCAUGCGCUGGAGGAAGUGGAGUGUCCAGAUUGUGAUCCCCAAGGGCAACUUGAAGCUGCCUUGCGAGGGGGAGAUCACUGAGCUCCUGAAGAGGCUGGGCACCUCGCUGAGGCCGGAGCCCCUGCCCAAGGACCACAGGAAGUGCUGCUUCUGCCAUGAAGAGGGGGACGGCAUCACUGACGGGCCCGCCAGGCUCCUCAACCUGGACCUGGACCUCUGGGUUCACUUGAACUGUGCCCUGUGGUCUUCGGAAGUGUACGAGACGCAGGCUGGAGCCCUGAUCAACGUGGAGCUGGCACUGCGCCGGGGUCUGUCCAUGAAGUGCUUGUACUGCCAGAAGAUGGGAGCCACCAGCGGCUGCCAGCGGCUACGGUGCACAAACAUCUACCACUUCACCUGUGCCCUCAGGGCCCAGUGCAUGUUCUUCAAAGACAAGACCAUGCUGUGCCACAUGCACAGGCCACGGGGGGGCGCCCCUGAGCAUGAGCUGAGGUACUUUGCCGUGUUCCGCAGGGUGUACGUGCAGCGGGACGAGGUGAAGCAGAUCGCCAGCAUCGUGCAGCGUGGAGAGCGAGACCACACCUUCCGCGUGGGCAGCCUCAUCUUCCACGCCAUUGGUCAGCUCCUCCCUCAGCAAAUGAAGGCCUUCCACACCGCCACUGCCAUCUUUCCCGUGGGCUACGAGGCCAGCCGACUGUACUGGAGCAUGCGCUAUAGCAACCGCCGCUGCCAGUACAUGUGCUCCAUCGACGAGAGGGACAGCCAGCCAGAGUUCAUCAUCAGAGUGGUGGAGCAGGGUCACGAAGAUCUGGUCCUGACUGAUACAACUCCCAAAGGAGUGUGGGAUAAAGUCUUGGAGCCUGUGGCUGAACGUCGGAAUGAAUCGGGCACACUGAAACUAUUUCAGGCUUAUCUCAAAGGAGAGGAUCUCUUUGGCCUCACAGUCUCUGCGGUGGUUAGGAUAGCAGAAUCUCUCCCAGGGGUUGAGGCAUGUGGAAGCUACAUUUUCCGCUAUGGGCGCAAUCCUUUGAUGCAACUGCCUCUGUCCAUCAACCCCACAGGCAGUGCACGCUCUCAGCCUAAAACCAGCUCCCAUGUCAAGAGGUUUGUGUUAAGGCCUCAUACACUGAACAGCACCAGCACAUCCAAGUCCUUUCAGAGCACAGUCACUGGAGAGCUGAACGCACCGUACAGCAAGCAGUUUGUCCAUUCCAAGUCCUCACAAUACCGCAAAAUGAAAACCGAGUGGAAGGGCAAUGUGUAUUUGGGUCGUUCUCGCAUACAGGGGCUGGGAUUGUACGCUGCCAGAGACAUUGAAAAGCACACAAUGGUCAUUGAAUACAUGGGAACAGUCAUCCGCAAUGAGGUGGCAAACAGGAAGGAAAAGCACUAUGAAUCUCAGAAUCGCGGCGUGUUCAUGUUUCGAAUGGACAGCGAACACGUGAUUGACGCCACUCUGACAGGAGGUCCCGCAAGGUAUAUCAACCAUUCUUGUGCACCGAACUGUGUGGCGGAGGUGGUGACCUUUGAAAAGGGGCACAAAAUCAUCAUCAGCUCUAACCAGAGAAUUCAGAGAGGACAGGAGCUUUGUUAUGACUACAAGUUUGAUUUUGAAGAUGACCAGCACAAGAUUCCUUGUCACUGUGGAGCUGUGAACUGCAGAAAGUGGAUGAACUAAGAUUGCAUUCCAAGCCGUUUCCUCAGGCUUGCUUGUCCUUUGGAAGAGGGUCUCGACACUGAAGACAGGGUGGAGUGUGUGUCGUCUUUUGUUCUCCAGUGUUCUGGGCUAACCAAUAGAAAUCAUAUAGGCAGAAAGCCUGUCAGGUGGAGAAAUGGGGAAUAUGGUUUUAGUGGAAAGGGAAAAAAAGGCUUAGCAGGAAAGGGUGGGAGAAAAUGAAUGUAGAAAAGAAUUCACCAGCUAAUGUGGAGGAUACACAGUGCUGGCCACAGCCUUA